AUGAGCUCCCACGAACCUGGGUCUAUGUCGUACUUGACCCGGUUCCGGUCUCGCAUCGACGUCGACCUCGAAGCUCUUCGGAACGGUCUAGACGAGUCGGCAAUCAAUGACAACGGCGAGCUGUAUCAAGCGCACCCUGACCACUGGGCCGUGCUGAAAACGCCAGUGAAUGGGACGCUCGAUCGCGCUGACCUUGACCGCAACGACGCUGUGUCACCCGACCGCGCCAUACUCGAGAUCUUUAUUGGUCGCGUGUGUCUCCUAUGGAAGAUUUCCUACUCGACGUACGAAUGGUCAACGAAGUUCUAUGAUUCUACAUAG